AUGAACAACGAUCUGAAUGAAAAUAAAUCUCUUUCGAAUACUCAGAAGAUUCUUACUUCAUUAGUUGCUGGCGGUUGUGCAGGUGCUGCAGCUAAAACAAUAAUUGCACCAUUUGAUCGAGCGAAAAUUAAUUUUCAAGUUCGACCUGAUAAAUUUAGUUAUAGCAUUUGUUUGAAAUUUAUAAGAGAUACAUAUCGAAAUGAAGGAUUUAUUGCUUUAUAUCGAGGAAACUCAGCAAAUCUAGCUCGUGUUAUUCCUUCCACAGCAAUUUAUUUUUCAGCUCAUGAACAAUGGAAACGUUUAUUAAAUACUGAUAAAUAUGAAAAAACACCUGGUCGUCGAUUUAUAUCUGGUUCUUUAGCAGGUCUAACAUCAUCGUCGAUUACUUAUCCACUUGAUUUAGCAAGAGCACGUAUGGCAGUAACUAAUAAAACAGUGUAUAGUAAUAUAUUCACUGUGUUUAUAACUAUACUACGAACUGAAGGUUUUUUUGCCUUAUAUCGAGGUGCAUUGUCAUCAGUUAUUGGUGUAUUACCUUAUUCUGGUUGUGUCUUUUUUACAUAUGACUCUCUUCAACAUAUUCGCUUUGAUUAUCAUCCAAAUCGUCCUCUUAAUAGAAAAGAACAAAUGUUAUUUGGUGCUAUAGCUGGUCUUGUUGGUCAAACUGUGUCAUAUCCAUUUGAUGUUGUUCGACGUCGAUUACAAACUGCUGCUGUUGUUCGUCCACAAGAUAAAUCUCUUGGUGCAUUAGUAACGGCUUUUAAAAUAAUUCGUGAAGAAGGUAUAAGAAGUGGUUUAUACAAAGGUGUUACUAUGAAUUGGUUUAAAGGACCUAUAUCUGUUGGUGUUUCAUUUAUGACAUAUCAUACAGUAGUCAAAUUUAUUCGUGAAUCAUCUUCAUUUGGUCAAAAUUCUUGA